AUGGCGGAAUCACAGUAUGUCAUCCUCGAAGGUCUACCGACACCGCAAACGUAUCACGAUCUCCGAAAGCUCGCUGGCAUGACACCCCCACCCAUGGAAGCCGUACCCAAGUCACUCGCCAACUCCUUCUGCUGCAUCGUCGGAUACGAGCGCAAAAACAUGCUUGACGCAAAAACUCCGGCGCCGGGGCAGGAAGCCAUCGCAAUGGGUCGUUUGGUCGGCGACGGGUCGUUGUUCCUCAUCUUGGUGGACGUGGCGGUGCACCCAGAUCACCAGCGCAAAGGACUGGGAAAGCGCAUCAUGCAGAAACUUGUGGACUACGUGGAUGAGCAUGCACCGUCAGCAUAUGUGAGCCUUGUAGCUGAAGAGAUGGCACAGAAACUCUACCCAAUGUACGGCUUCAAAGAUGUGGCACCGAGUAUUGGCAUGUACAGGAUGAUUCGGGAACGGAAGAUUCAACAGGACAUGGUGGAGGAUGCAGAAAAGGAAGCUUGA